AGAGAGAGGAACAGGCAGAGGAGGGAGAGAAAAAGGAGAGAGAGAGCAGAGAUGUAGAGUGAGUGUCUCAUUGGCCUGUGGUUCUCCUGACCCCCCUCCUCCUCCACGUCUCACCCACAGAUCGUCCACUCUCCCUGGGAACGGAAGCAGCCGCGUCCCUGGGUCCCUGUUGCACAAUUGAGUUACCCACAACGGACACCAGCUCGUCCUCAGCAGCAGCGUCCGCACCAGGAAUCGGGACAAAUUUCCACUUUUACGAUGCCGUUUGGAGGAUUCGGGAAAACCCAGAUGCUGCUGGUUUUUCCCUCAGUGCUGCUCCUCUGCCUCUGCCCAGGAGCUCUGUGUUCCUCUGGUCAGAAGCUGGUGGUCCUGCCGUGUGACCGUCCUCUGUUUCAGUCCAAACUGUCCAUGUGUCUGUCUGAGUUUAACCGGAGUCUGGAGCAGCACAGAUUCUCUCAGGGCUGCGUGUGGCCUGACGUCAAACGUACCUACAGUGUCCUGAAGCUGUGCGUGGACACGUGGGCGCGCGGGCACUGGUGCAGCGGAGUGGGGACGCUCGUGGACGACUUCUUCAAGGACGUGCAUUUGACGUAUUUUUCGGAGUGCGGGAGGAUCCAGGACCCGCCCAUGACAGCGCUCGUCCUCAUGGUGGCGCCGCUCGUCAUCUCCACACUGCUGCUGCCGAUACUGUGUGUGUACCUGACCACGAAGAAACAGGAGUAACGCUACUACUACUACUACUACUACUACUACUACUACUACUACUACUACUACUACUACUAUCACCCUCUGUGCACCUCACCACAAGGAACUAGGCUUAAGAAAAGGACAAAACUACUACUACUACUACUACUACAACUACUUCUACAACUCUGUGCACCUCACCACUAGGGAUGGGACGAUAUUAAAAUUUAGAUUCACGAUUAUUGUGACCAAAACAAUCGCGAUUAACGAUAUUUUCCCAAUAAAAAUGAAACCAAAGCAGUAAAAUGUCCUCAUAUGUGACACCAGGACUUCGUAGAGAAAAAAAAAAAAAAGUUUUGUGGCCGAGAAAACCCAAAAUGUCGAAGUUAUAAGUUCAGAUUCCUUCAUGAUUGUUGUAAAACGAUGUUCCGCUGUUAGCAAGUUGAGCUAUCGUCUGUGUAAAAUGUUGUUCCGCAAGUGCUAACCUAGCGAUAGCAAAGUCGACACAAACACAGAUUCAUACAAAUCUAAACUGACACAAACGACAGUCAACAGUUUAUUUUUCAUGAUGUGUUUCUUAUGAUGGAGAUUUUCAGCUCAAGUUUGUCAAAUGAUGCAUAUGUUUGUGUCGUAAAUGUGCGUGGAAGUCGCUCGCCUAAGUCGCUCGAGUAAAUCUCUCGCGUAAGUCGCUCGCAUCAGUCGUUCAUGUCAGUCGCUCGCGUAAGUCGCUCGCCUAAGUCACUCGAGUAAAUCGCUCGCGUCAGUCGCUCGAGUAAAUCGCUCGCAUAAGUCGCUCGCAUCAGUCGCUCGCGUAAGUCUCUCGCCUAAGUCUCUCGUGUAAGUCUCUCGCGUAAGUCUCUCGCCUAAGUCGCUCGCGUAAGUCUCUCGCCUAAGUCUCUCGUGUAAGUCUCUCGCGUAAGUCUCUCGCCUAAGUCGCUCGCGUAAGUCCCUCGCGUAAGUCUCUCGCGUAAGUCGCUCGCGUCAGUCACUGAUGUCAGUCGCUCGCCUAAGUCGCUCGCGUAAGUCUCUCGCCUAAGUCUCUCGCGUAAGUCGCUCGCGUAAGUCCCUCGCGUAAGUCUCUCGCGUAAGUCGCUCACGUCAGUCACUGAUGUCAGUCGCUCGCCUAAGUCGCUCGCGUAAGUCCCUCGCGUAAGUCCCUCGCGUAAGUCCCUCGCGUAAGUCCCUCGCGUAAGUCGCUCGCGUCAGUCACUCAUGUCAGUCUCUCGCCUAAGUCGCUCGCGUAAGUUUCUCGCGUAAGUCUCUCACGUAAGUCGCUCGCGUCAGUCACUCAUGUCAGUCGCUCGCGUAAGUCUCUCGCCUAAGUCGCUCGCGUAAGUCUCUCGCCUAAGUCUCUCGCCUAAGUCGCUCGCGUAAGUCCCUCGCGUAAGUCCCUCGCGUAAGUUGCUCGCGUCAGUCACUCAUGUCAGUCGCUCGCCUAAGUCGCUCGCGUAAGUCUCUCGCCUAAGUCGCUCGCGUAAAUCUCUCGCCUAAGUCGCUCGCGUAAGUCCCUCGCGUAAGUCCCUCGUGUAAGUCCCUUGCGUAAGUCCCUCGUGUAAGUCCCUCGCGUAAGUCGCUCACGUCAGUCACUCAUGUCAGUCGCUCGCCUAAGUCGCUCGCGUAAGUCUCUCGCGUAAGUCUCUCGCCUAAGUCUCUCGCGUAAGUCUCUCGCCUAAGUCGCUCGCGUCAGUCGCUCUCGUCAGUCGCUCGCGUCAGUCACUCGCGUCAGUCGCUCCUGUAAGUUGGUGGAGUAAAUCGCUUCCCUAAGUCGCUCGCGUCAGUCACUCAUGUCAGUCGCUCGCCUAAGUCGCUCGCGUAAGUCUCUCGCGUAAGUCUCUCGCCUAAGUCGCUCGCGUCAGUCGCUCGCGUCAGUCGCUCGCGUCAGUCGCUCCUGUAAGUUGGUGGAGUAAAUCGCUUCCCUGAGUCGCUCGCGUCAGUUGUUCGCGUAAGUCUCUCGUCUAAGUCGCUCGAGUAAAUCGCUCGCGUCAGUCGCUCUCGUCAGUCGCUCUCGUCAGUCGCUCGCGUCAGUCGCCUCGCGUCAGUCGCUCGCGUUUGUCCUCUGAGCCGUAUCUUUUUUCCUUCAGACUCUGCAGAUCGGUGGCUCGUCUCGUUAGUCUCAUUUUUCAAAUCUAUAAUAAUCCACACAUCAGACUUGACCUUCAACAAAUCAGAACAAGUGUCACUGCUACAGCAGAGCGCCCCCUGUGGACAAACACCAGAACUACAUCUAAACACUGAAACUGCAAACAUGAGUCAGUCUGGUGCCGUAAAGGAGAUUAUAAUGGAGCGCCAUGAUCACGAUUAUUAAAAAAUGCCACGAACGAUUAAUGGCAGAGCUUUUUUUUAUCAUGUAUCAUCUCAUCCGUGCUCACAACAAGGAACCAGGGUUUAAGGAGUUGUUUCCGGGGCCAAAAGUGUGUGUUUUUAUUGCUUUAUCGCUUUGGAAACAAGUCGGUGUUUUAUCUGUUUAAAUAAACUCUUUUAGACGAGUGAGUUAAAGGUUAUAAUCAAAGCUCCGUACAUGUACAAACGGCAGCGGACGGAGAGUUCACACCUGCGUCUCCAGCGCACGCCGCCAGAACAAACGCAUUUACACUUUCUCCGCCUCAGGUUUGUGCGUUUGUGUCGUUCAGCCCAGAUUUGGCAAAUAAAACUCCCAGAUUAGGUUCAUUUCUGAUCUCAUUCGCACAUGUUUAACGCACAAACAAACGCUGCAGAUUUAGCCUGAGUUCUUCUUCUCUCAAACUGAAAAUGUUCCGUUCCACCUUGUGAUGUCAUCGUGUGGCGAUACAGGAAGUGCUCCGCUGUGUUUUUAAACUCCACACACCUUCAUUUCUAGAAUCAUUUGGAUCAUUUCAGCCUCCGGAAUUGACGAUCUUCUACUGAACUAAAGGUAAAAGGAGCUGUUAAAAUACCACUUGAUGACAUCACAAGGUGGAACAGAGCGUUUUGAGCUUUGGAGAUGUGACAGACGGAUAAUAAAUGAAACAAAACACAACUCCAGGUGUGUUUUUGAGGAGGAAACAGCGUUAGAACGUGACUUAAAGCCACAAAAGUCCAUGUUGUGUCAUGAGGAGCUUUAAAGUGCUUCUGGAGUUCUGUGUUCUAUGUUAAUUCCCCCAAAAUUCCCACUGGAUCCGUGAAUUUUCCACACAAUUUCUGCCCAGUUCUCCUGCUCACAAAACAGAAAACUUCCCUGUUUUUAUGGAGUAUGAAUCCGUACACGCCCAAGGUCCUGAUGUGACUGUGUGAACGGAAUUAUCAGGAAAUGAUCCUGAUUCUCCUGGAACAAACCCAGUGUGUUAGCCCAGUACUACAACUACUACAACUACUACUACUACUACUACUACUACUACUACUACUACUACUACUACUACUACUACUACUACUACUACUACUACUACUACAACUACUACUACUACAACUACUACUACAAACACUACAACUACUACUACUACUACUACUACUACUACUACUACUACUACUACAACUACAACUACUACUACAACUACAACUACAACUACUACUACUACUACUACAAACACUACCACUACUACUACUACUACUACUACAACUACUACUACUACUACUACUACUACAACUACUACAACUACUACUACUACUACUACUACUACUACCACUACUACUACUACUACUACUACUACCACUACUACUACUACUACUACUACAAACACUACCACUACUACUACUACUACCACUACUACUACUACUACUACUACCACUACUACUACUACUACAAACACUACCACUACUACUACAAACACUACCACUACUACUACUACUACUACUACUACUACUACUACAAACACUACCACUACUACUACUACUACUACCACUACUACUACUACUACAAACGCUACCACUACUACUACUACUACUACAAACACUACCACUACUACUACUACUACUACUACUACUACUACUACUAUUACAAACACUACCACUACUACAAACACUACUACUACUACUACUGCUACUACAAACACUACCACUACCACUACUACAGAUACUUGUAUUACUGUGCACUGUAGCAGGAUGUUUUGAUUUUUCUGAAUCCAUUUUGUAAAUAUUUAUUUCACUUGUCGUGUCCAGAUUAUUAUUAUUC